UCCUAAUUUUGUCUUUUCCAAUUUCAUACAGUUCUAUAUAUAAAUCAGGAACUCUUAAACCCAUUAUCAACUCUUAAACCCACUCUCAUUCAUUCACUCAUAGCCAUAGGCCACGCCACAAACACUCUCGCUCAUUCUCAGGCAGGAUCAAGUCAGGGGAAGAAUCAUGGAUAGGCUAAAGACCUCGGCACGUCUCAUGAUUGUCUCGGAUCUUGAUCAUACGAUGGUUGAUCAUCAUGAUUCUGAGAACCUUUCUCUGCUCAGUUUUAGUGCCUUGUGGGAAUCCAAUUAUCGUCAUGAUUCUCUGCUAGUUUUCUCUACUGGAAGAUCACCUGUUCUUUACAAGAAGUUGAGGGAAGAGAAACCCAUGUUAACUCCAGAUAUAACAAUAAUGUCUGUUGGAACCGAGAUAACAUAUGGCAACUUAAUGGUGCCAGAUGAUGGUUGGGUUGAAAUCUUAAAUCAGAAAUGGGAUAGGAGCAUAGUCAUAGAGGAAUCAAAAAAAUUUCCUGAGCUCACUCUUCAGGCGGAGACAGAGCUACGAUCACACAAGGUUAGCUUUUAUGUUGAGAAAGACAAGGCUCAGGCUGUGUCGAAGGCUCUUAUGGAGUGUUUUGAAAAGCAUGGACUGGAUGUUAAAAUAAUUUAUAGUGGAGGAAAGGAUUUGGAUAUAUUACCACAAGGUGCUGGAAAAGGGCAAGCUCUUGCAUAUCUGCUAAAAAAAUUUAAGACUGAGGGAAAACUGCCUAAUAACACUCUUGUUUGUGGUGACUCUGGAAAUGAUGCUGAGCUAUUCAGCAUACCAGAAGUGUACGGUGUCAUGGUUAGCAAUGCCCAAGAAGAAUUGCUGAAGUGGCAUGCUGAAAAUGCUAAGAAUAACCCCAAGAUUAUUCAUGCAACGGAGAGGUGUGCAGCUGGGAUCAUGCAAGCUAUUGGUCAUUUUGGCCUCGGCCCAAACAUAUCUCCUAGAGAUGUCACGGACUUUUUGGAAUGCAAGCUGGAAAAUGUAAAUCCUGGACAUGAAGUAGUGAAAUUUUUCUUGUUCUAUGAGAGAUGGAGGCGUGCAGAAAUUGAGAAUUUUGAGCCGUAUCUGGCAAGUCUGAAAGCAUCUUGUGAUCCAUCUGGGGUUCAUGUCGAACCAACUGGCUUUGAACAUUCUCUUUGGGAUAAAAUAGAUGGAAUGAGAUCGAUCUAUGGAGACAAACAGGGAAAGCAAUUUCGAGUUUGGAUUGAUCGGGUGUUGCCCACACAAAUCAGUUCAAACACAUGGCUUGUGAAGUUAGAUAAGUGGGAGUUAUCUGGUGAGGAACGCAAUUGUUGCAAAACCACUGUUAUUGUGAGUUCAAAGGAUGCCACGGUUCCAUCGGAUGGAUUCACUUGGAUGCAUGUGCAUCAGACAUGGUCAGAAGAAGUAACAAAUCUUAAAGAUCAUUCAAGUUCAAUCAACGUAUUCUAGAUUGCUGCGGCUUCAGCUUGACUUCAAGUUCCAGAAUGCCGUACAACUUUUCCUACCAAAUAAAUGUAUCUAGAUGAUACAGUUUAUAUUUUAUAUGUUUUCUUUAUAACAUGGAUGUGAUUGAUUAAGUUAAAAUCGAUGAUUAUACAUAAACUUCGUGGUUGGCUGCAUAUUUAAAGUUUAUGAUUCAUUAUUUGCAUUAUAA